CCCUCAUCUCUGGAAUUUGUAUGCAUGGAAGUAUUUACAUGCCCAGACCGUGUCGUUGUCAGUGACGCCGUCGUCUCCAGUAGUUCGAGAGGAAGUGACGUUUACCUGUGAUGUCAGGCGGGACAUCACUACCAACAUACAGGUGUUUUACAAGAAGAACACAAUCUUAGUUGGGCGGUCCUUUGUUAACAGCACUUCCUGUACCUCAUUGAAAACACAGGAAGGAGAGAACUACACAUUCACCUGUGGUUCAUUCCCUGUACGACAAAUGUCACUCACAAUCCCGGCAGCCUACGUUACAGAGGAUGAGCACGGGACAGACUGGACAUGUGAAAUAUUCCUCGGUGCUGUAAGCAAUAUUGUACAACUUACACUUAUUGUGCCAGUAACUACGGCAACUAUGACAACAGCAGGAAUGUACCAACCUAGUGUGAUGAUUACCGCUGGGUAUAACCGAACUUUUUUGUGUACCACUUCUGCCGGUCGGCCUGUUGCCAAAAUUGCUUGGUUCAGGGAAGAGAAAAACAUCACGGAUCAUGCCGGUACGGCUAUUGAUCGAGACGCAGGCGACGAAAAGUAUUCGAGACAGCAGAGUCUGACCAUCACAGGGAGUGUUGGUGACACUGACAGUAGACUAAAGUGUGAGGCUGUGAACAUCGAGGGAAGGAUACCAGUCAGCUCUCAAACCUCCAACAUCAUUAUACAGUGGGCGCCACAGACUGACCCGAGCCUGACCAUAGACCCAGCAAAUAAGAAGCUGACAGAUGGUGUAUCGGUAACAAUGACUUGUCGUCAGGUUGGCGGCAAACCACUGGCCACACUUACCUGGUCUGGUGUGUGUAGUUUUUGGAACACACCAAUUGACAGUAGAGACAACACAACGGUCACUUCUAGUAUUCAUUUUUCUAUGAAUAAGACGUAUACUGGUCUAGCUUGUAUCUGUGUUUCCAGACAGCAGGUCAACAGUUACCAAAAGUCAGUCAAUCAGACGUUCGACGUAUUGUAUCCCCCUGACCAGAUGAGCAUCACUUACAGCAAUUACUCUUUUGUUGAUGAUACUGCCAGCAGACAACUGAGAUGCGCACCUGACGGGAAUCCUCAAUCUUUCACAUUUUCCAAGUGGCAGCAUAUGUCUGAGUAUAGUCAGUUAAUUCGUGAGCUGGAUGGAGUAACCAGUGGUAAUGAGUCUGUGUUGACAAUCCCUGAUCCUGGAUUGGACGCUAGAUACCAGGAUACUGGUUACUAUGUAUGCAAGGUACAGAACGGAGUACCAGGAAGAAAUAAUCAGAUGGUAUUCGACAAGAGAGUGUUUCUUAGUGUCAACGCUCCACCAGUCUUCGAUCACAGUAAUUGGAUAUUUCCAGGACAAAUGGAAAAGUCUAUAACAAUAUCGGUUCUGUUCUACAGUACAAGUGGGUACAGUAAGGUGGAACUUUUCAGUAAUCAGACAGUAGUAGGUAAUCGGUUUGUCAUCAACACCGUUACGUCCAAUGUAUCUCUGACGUUUCAUGAUACAGACAUAACAGUUGGUGGUUUUACUGCAACGGUCAGUGUCCAAACUCUACAACACGAAGACUUCACUAACUACACACUCAGGGUGACUAAUGACGCGGGAAUACAAAAUUUCGGAUUUUAUCUUUCUGACAAAGGACCACCUUCUCCUCCCACACAUGUGUUUGCCGACUGUAAGGGGUUCGGUUCCGCAGAGGUGUCCUGGCGGGCGGGGAAUAAUGGCGGUUACAAACAGACUUUCCAGGUUCUGUACAAAACAGACGGAUCGGUUAAAGCGUAUCGUGAUAUUAUCAUUGAAAACGGAACCGAUGACUACGUUAUGACACUGGACAAUCUGGAGGAGAACUCGUUACAUAUUUUCACUAUAUUGGCGCUUAACAGCUUUGGAAAUGUAACAUCGACGGAAAUAGGGAAAUGUACUGUCCAUGAAAAACUUUCUCCGACUGAGAACACCGCCAUGUUCAAUGCAGGUGUAGCUAUGCUCUGCAUUGGCAUUAUAGCGGUGAUUUCGACGAUGGCAAUUAUUAUCGUCUUCAUCAAACGGAAAAUCACCUGUUUAAGCAGAGGCAAGGAAACUGAACAACCUAUUCAUCUAGGAAACAUGAACGAUGCAGGACCCCUUACGCCUGGUGAAGAUAGAACACUUUACGAAAAAAUAGAUUCGGAUGGAAGAGUGCAGCCAUCUGAAUACGAAAGUAUCGGCAAACCGUCGAACAGCGAUGCUUCAACAACAGAUCGGCAGCAGGAUAGCAGGGCGUAUGAAUCACUUCACGGAAGAUCACAGCCAAAUACAUAUGAGGAUCUGGGUUCCACUGACAACGAACAACGCGGAGACCGCGAUUACAUCAACAGAACAAACAAUGAUUACAUUAAUGCAUGAAUAAAAAAAGAAACACGUGAGGUUUAGUGAUGCUUUCUGCAAGGACAGGUUAUAAUCGUAACAUGUUUCGGACAUUAAUCCAUGUGUAAAGUUAACAUCAAGAAUAAGCAUGAUCGUAUCAUGUUAUGUAUAUUUUCAUGUCUCGAUGUACAUCUAUGCUGAACUUCAUGGAACUUCCUGAGAAAUGAAGUAUGAUUGUAGUGUAAGCAAACAAAUAACAAGUAUUAAGUACAGAUGCUGCUAUUAAAUUGGUCACAAUUCAAAAUGCCUGUAAAUAAUUAACAAAAACUUGCAUAACAACUUAGGCUGUUGUAUAAAAUUCAUACAAAUAUCUUCACACAUAUAUAUGCAAUAAGCAUGUUAAACUAUAAGCCAUACUUAUAUAUAAUCCCUAACUUGUUCCACAUCUUAAUAUACAUACGUUUUUAUAUCAUCCCAUCAAAUAUCAACCCCAUUCAUGUGCUGUCCUGACGACAUAGUAGAUCUAUAUAAAAAUAAACUUUACCCCUUUGAUAACAUCUAAUUAAUAUAUACUUCAUUAUUGGCAAAUCUAUCAUUACAUAAACUACAGACGAACGUAGUAUAUAUGCUUCCCUGCACAAACGGAAUUAAAACACGAAGCAUAAAUGUAUUAACAACCUAAGUUAUUCAUAUAGUAAUACAAAAUUGAAAUAUUAUAUGUGUGUGUGUCUAAAAGCUUUAGCCGUUUAUGAUCAAGGAUAACGUGAUAUCAGUAAAGCCGCGUUGUUUGUUGAUACACUUACACAAACUGUUUAAUGUAAAUCGUAUCCGGUGUCCCGAUCAGCGCGUGUCAUUUUAUAAGCAGCCGAUACCAUGUACUUGUAUACACAGUAAAAGCCGAUAUAUGUGUAGUUUUACAUGUAAAAUAAACGCCAACCUUUUUUUGUUCACAGUAGGUUGGCAUCAAAGUGAAUGCCAGCUCUGAUACAAAAAAUCAAAUUGAACCAAUUAAAAACAAAUAUAUACUUUAAACCCUACUCAAGUAAGGAUGAUAAUGACCUAAAUCUGUCAGGUUAUCCAAAGGUUAUGAUGUGUACUAACGCACAAUGUAGAGUAUGUCGUUGACACAACGAAGCCGAUACGAAACAAGGUCACCGUAACCACUUAUCAACUAUGUGUUAUUUCUUGACAAGGUUUUUUAUAUGCAGCUUCAACGCUUCAUCAGAAGUAUGGAAGUGUCUCCCUCACAUAUCGAUAUGGGCCCGAGGCCCACAAUAAUUGCAUUUCACAUCACGGCAAAAUAACCCAAAGUGUGCAAAACCAGAAUGCCAAAAUAUGCACCGAUCCUUUGAAAGGAAGUAAUAUCCAGGACAACUGGAUAAAUACUGCUAAGUAAUUGGAGAGAUUGUGUGCAUAUGAUGCUAAUGAAGCGGGUCCCAAUCAGGGACAUGGCGGAAUUGUUUUGAAAGACAAUUUCUUUCUUACAACAUAUUAAUUUAUUUUAAUUCAAUUCAAUAAGGAUUUCCCGAGGCCAAGAUUAAUUUAUGGUAUGUAAAUGAACGGCUUGGUACAUUGAGGACAGAUGAUCAGGAGCAUCCUCGAUAAUUCAGCGGUUACGUUCACUUACGCUGUUUACACCCCUGGACUAUGUCAUGACAAAUCGAAGAUUCUGUUCAUCCAACCAAGCCGAUGAAACAAGAAGGAUAGUUUGAUCCUUUGAUGUACAUCCAAAAAAUCACAUGGCAAGCAUAACGGUAGUUGCUCUUUUGUGAUCUACAAAGGACAGGUAUCAGCCUAGCGAUUGGUCAGGAUGUUUUAACUGAGACAAUUCAACUUUGCCAUGACGUAUUCCAGGGGUGAAUAAAGCGUAAAUGAGCGUGACCCAUGGAUAGUAUCGAGGAUGGAGCAGCCUCGGUAUCAUAACAAACGGUUUAAUGUUUGACAAAUUGGUUCUUAUUAUCUUUCGUUAACUCGAUUUUCACUUAGCUAAUUAGCGAUAAUCAUUCCAUAUUCGUGAAAAGGUGUUGUUUUGUUUUUGGAAAACUACCAUAGAUUCCAUGCCUUAUUAUUGACUGUUCAUGCCUUUGUCCUGAACAAGUGUAGUUAUUUAAUUGUUUAAGUGAAUACGUAAUCUAUUUAAAUACUGACAGUUUCUAUAGCAAAUAUAUAUGUUUGAGAGAUACAAGGCCCACGACCCUGUUGUAAUGAUUGCAGAGCGUGUGUGCAUUAUGAGAGAGAUGUGAACUGUAUCGUUAUCACUGUGUACAACGACUGUGUCAGCCAACAACUUCUCGUGAUAUAACUCACCAUCUGUAUUUAUCAUACGAUGUAUAUAUGUGUACAGUCUAUGCAGCUGUAACAUUAGGCCACUCUUGAGUCAGUUUUUUUUAUUUACUGAACAUGAUUAUUAAGUGAAUUACAUUUUAACUAUCUAUUUUACAUAGUAAUAAAAAUAGUUCACGGCUGCUGGCUAUUUGUA